UUCAGGGGAAGAACCAUAUUUAUUAAAUACAAGAUAUCUGAGAUGACAACAUCUAACGAAGAAGCUAUGAACACACCCAACAGUGCCUAUCCCGACUUGGAAAAGCGAUUGGAGACGUAUAUGCGAAGAGUUUUCUGCCUUAAAGGAAUCGAGACAACGAAUGAGUAUGAUCCUCUGGAAGUGGAAUAUUUUGGGCUUCUCAGCCUAACAGAUGUUCGGGCUCCCCGGCGUAAGUUGUGGUACAUGUACUAUGCAACAAGUGAUCAGUUGGAUCAAACUGUGGAUCGAAUUCAUCGUAAAUAUGGCCAAAAGAACAUGUACGAAUUGUUUAGAAAGCCAGUAUAUUCUGGAGCCGGAAUGCGAUCCCGGGUUAAAAACCACUUUGGAGCUCUGAAGUGGUAUGCAAAAGGAAAUGUUUUGGAAGCUCCUCCCGACAGCCCAUACAAUGAUGAGAAGGUGGUAAACACAAUAGCAGAUUUGUACCAGGCCGAACGAAGAAAAUACUAUGAUUUUCUAGUAUCUAGGAACAAUGUAUAUAAGACAUGGACCUAUGUACAUCUUAAUGCAUAACAGAUGCUACUGUUAUUAUUACAUAAGUUUUUUUCUACAGAGCUAUAAAAACAAGACUGCAAAUUAA